AUGGAAACGCGUAUCGGAUGGAUCUUUUGGUCUGGAGUUGGCCGGCCUGUUCCCAUCUUGUCGAAACAUUUCGCCAGUCGUCGUCUGUAUUCAUUGCUUGGAGACACUCCAAGUCAUAGCGCAACUUUCACGAAUUCAAAACCUGCGACUCGUUCAUCCGUCUCCUCUCACUUUUCGUGCUGGUCUCCGGCGUCUGCUAUGCUCGAGUCUGAGACCGAAAAUAACAAACUUUUCGAUUACAUCCGGCUGACGGUGGGUCACAUCAAGGAUCAAACACCCUGCUCAACGCCCAAGACCGCAAAUACCAAACUUUUUGAUCACAUCUGGACGACACCACUUGAUGAAAUCAAGGAACACCGACGUGGGCCCUUCACAUUCACCACUAAAGUUUCGGUGGAUCUGAAGCCCGAGGACAAAAACAGACACGGUAUAUGGGUCAUGAACCCUUUACCAGUACCUGUGACCGUACGUGUCAAUGUCAUAUUCAACAGCGGACCUGCCAGCAAGACAGAGCACAUCAUUCAGCCCACCGAUACGUAUGCCCCUAUACAACGCCUCUUGUGUGAAUUGGACAAGAAACCAAUAGAAGUGGAGGUUCAUUACACACUCCCCACCAAGGUUUACAACACCCUCGAGGAAGCCCUGAUAAAAAUUCACAAGCAGCCAGAAUUGAGGAGCGACUUCAAAAGAAUCAUUGACGAACUGAACCGGCGUCCUCCCUCCCCUCCUUGCAACAAAUAA